AUGGAAAAUAUAGAAGAGUUACUUAAAAACGUGAGAUUGUCGCAAUUUGAGAUGGAAAGAGGGGAGGAAGUCGAUAUAACAUGCAUAGUGGACCUGCGUAAUUUCUACAUUAGGCCCGUUAAAUACACUGAAUUUAUUGAAAAAUUUGAAACUAUAAAACCACAAGAAAAACCAACCACUUUGAAUAUCCAAGAUAUGGUAGUAUUCAAUUUGCAACUAUCAGAUUCGGCUGAGAAAUACGUAAGAGGAAAAAUACUUUUUAUUGACGACACGGAUGGUUUGAAAUGUGACAUUUUUACUGUGGAUUACGGAUUUUUCGAAAAAUCCGUACCGCUUAAAUAUAUUUGGAACUGUGAACAAAAAUAUUUAGACAUACCGCAACUUAUUUCUCAUUGUGGACUUGCACGAUACGAUCCCUGUGAUGGUGAAGUGGAAUGGCCACAGGAGGAGAUUAAUGUCUUCAAAUAUUACCUUGGCACCGAAAGCGUACACAUGAGAAUAGUAGAAAACAACAUUGAUAAACUAAUGGUUGAGCUAUAUAAUGAUCAACCUGAAGAUAUUGCUUCUAUGAUGGGUUAUCGCAUACAU